AUGUGCCGGUACUACAACGCGCCCACAAGUGUGCUACAUUUGUUUAUCGUAACGGUCAUCUUGGUGCUGCAGUGCAUUCAUAACGGUGCAGCAUUAAAAUGCUUUGUUUGUGAUUCCAGUGACAAUCCAAGCUGUGCGGAUUUAAAAUCUAACAACAGCAUCGUUGCGGAGGACUGCACACUCGACAAGAUGCGAACAACUGAUACUUGGCUUUUCGAUUUGAAUAGGUUUGCGUAUUUCAAUACCGGCGCUAGGGAUGGCCCACUGUGGAAUUGCCAAAAAGUGGUGGCCAGAGAUCCACACACCAGCAAAAUGGUAACUGCUCGCUUCUGUCAAUUGGACACCGCCGAUUCGGACGCAUGCCAAAUACUGGGCAACAAAUUGGGUUGGCCACCAGAGCUGGCACGCAACGCCAACGCUGAUAAAGAUAACGAAAAUGACAAUAAAGUGAAGCGUAAGGCAAAGAAGACCCCAAAUGGUAAUAAUGGAAAUAAUCAAGAUGUGGAACUGCACUGCUCGAUUUGCAGCGGAGAUAGCUGUAAUGGUAGUCAAAGCGUUCACCCCUUGAGUUCGUGGUGCGUCAGCGUUGUACCGGCGCUCAUAGCAGCGAUGAUUAGAUUACGCCAUAGUGCGUGGUGAAUAAAGCACCGCCUUUGGGCACUCGCAGCCUCAGCGUGCAUAGGCGGGUGCGUAGGUGAGCUGUGGAUGUGGAUGUCUAACUACCGAAUUGUCUACGGCAGCAGUUAGAAGCAAUAGAAGUAAUAAAGAGGAUAAAAUUUAAACGCAAUUUGGUGCAAUCUAAUUUUAAGGCCAGUUGAAUGCAUUUCAACGGCAUAUCGCCGUAUUCGUGAGUUGCAGGCAGUUGAAGUGUUGAAUUGCUGAGGCAACUAAAUAAAUGCCUUGAGUUUAAAAGUUAUACCUAAGUUGUUGGUGAGCCACCUUUUAUGUACUUACGUGCACUGUAAAUAAUCAUUGAAAACUGUUAUCUGUGUAAAUAGGCAUACGAAUAUACUCGCAUUUGAAUAGAUUUGAAGAUGCUAUGAAGCACGCAAAAUAUGUAGAU